AAUGUUUCAAUAAAAUAUUCAGGUUGGCUCGAAAAUAACAACAAAGUUGGAAGUUCAUUUGAUUCUAAUAUUUCAUCAGGAACUCAAUUUCGUUUUGAAGUUGGUGUAGGAAGAGUUAUUAAAGGUUGGGACCUUGGUGUCAUCGGUAUGAGAAAAGGUAUUAAAAGAGUUUUGGCCAUUCCUUCUGAAUUGGGUUAUGGUGAAAAAGAAAACUCUAGUAUUCCAAGCGGUUCCAAUUUAAUCUUUGAAAUCGAAGUUACUGGUUCAAAGAGAAAAGAAAGUUCUGAA